UCAUUAUUUUAAACAUGGCAACAAGUAAAAAGAGUCUUUGGGAGGCUUUGAAUGGCAGAAGCGAAGGAUCUGGCGCUGAAACGUUGGUGUUGGCUCAUGGCUACGGAAUGGAGCAGUCGAUGUGGGACAAAGUGGUUCCCUUGCUUGCCGAAAGCUACCGUGUUGUUACGUUUGAUUGGGUUUGUGCUGGAAGUGUGAAGAAUGAGAAGCUCUACGACCCUGUGAAAUAUUCCUCCUACGAAGCUUUUGCCGAUGACUUGAUCACUCUGCUGCAGGAGAUGAACCUCAAAGAUGUCACUUACGUCGGUAGCUCCAUGUCUGGCAUCAUUGGUUGCAUUGCUUCUGUCAAAACUCCUCAACUCUUCAAAACCCUAAUUCUGGUUGGUUCUUCCCCAAGGUUUCUGAAUUCAGAUGGUUAUGAGGGAGGCUUUAACAGGUCAGAUAUAGAACAGUUACUGUGGAACAUAGAAAACAACUAUGAAAGCUUUGUUUCUGCAUUCGCUUCAUUGAUAGCAGAUCCAAGCAAUGAAGAAAGUGUGAAGAAAUAUGAAGAGGGGUUGAAGAAUAUGGGAGGUGAAGUUGGUCUCCCCUUAGCCAAAACCAUAUUCUACUCUGAUUGGAGAGAGAUGCUUGAGAAGGUGGAGACUCCAUGCACCAUCAUUCAGACCAAAAAGGACGCUGCUGUUCCACACAGCGUAGCACUUUACAUGCAGAACAAAAUCAAAGGGAAAGUUAGGUUGGAAAUCAUAGACACACUUGGCCAUUUUCCCCAGAUAACUGCACACCUUCACUUUGUCCAAGUGCUCAAGGCUGCUCUUGGUUCAUAAUAAUUCAUGUUACCAAGAGGCAUUUAUGCAUGGUUUUUGUCCAAACCUUUUGUGUUCUUCUUUCCAUUACUAAAAAAGUAAUGCAUCAUCAUUUGUAUUUCAUUAUAAACUUUAGUUUUCUUCCACUUGGAAAUGUCAUUAAUAUGAAUGGCAAUCUCCCCUCCAACCAGCACACCCCUGUUUUCUGCCAUCCGUAUAGACACUCCAUUUCCUUGAAAUUUCGAUAUUUCGUAUACAUCUGUAAGAGUCAACUUCACAUGUUUCCUUGUACGUGAUUACAUAUGUAAGAGUCAAAGGAGAAAUCAAAUUCACAUGUUUUCUUGUACGUGUUUUCAUUUGUAAGAGUCAAAGGAGAAAUCAAAUCACAUGUUUCCUUGUAUGUGUUUACA